AUGAAAAAUUUCCUCAGUGGAAGGAAAUUACUCAAGGGAGAAGGAAGUCUGGCCUCCAGGAAGAAAAGCGCUGGGGAAAUAACAAAGAUUCCAGUCAUGCUAAUGAAAAACUUUAGUGAAAUGAAAGAAUUGUUAGGAUUUGUCAAAGGGAUUGAAGACCCAACUAAUCAGACAGUACUGGUUUGGUAUCAAGGAAACCUGCACCUCUUACAUCGUCGACCCUCAAAAUUUCCGAGACAAAAUUUGUGGAAUCCACUUACUCUUAUUGGGCACGAGCUAGAAAAUGCACCAUUGCUUGCUAAAUUUGUGAACAAGAGCUUUCCCCAAAUUGACGAGUUUACUAGAAAAAUGAAACAGUACAGGACUUCAUUUGUAAGAGAUGAUUUGAACAUCGAAUUAGGAGCAAACACAAUUAAAACUUGGUACGACGAAACUUAUUAUCGCCUGCCUCGACAUUUUGUGAGAAUUCCCGAAUAUGUUCAAAGUCCCGACUUCAUAAGUAGAUUCAAUAAUUAUAUUCAAGAAAACCCUGAUACUUCUCUUUCAGUUAAAGACUUUCCUAACUGUCCUCCUCGCUACUAUCAGUAUACUAAUAUUAAUGAACUUACAAAUAAUGCGUUUGGCGAAAUUAUUAAAUUACCAAGUCAGUUAAAUAAUCGUUCACCUACCGCAAAGUUUACAGAAAUCCCGAACUUUGGACAGCUGUGUGUUCCAUCUGAUUUGGCAAAGCAUUGA